AUGUUGCAUGCCAUGGCGGAUGAGACGCUGCUGCAGAUGGCCCGGCCAAAGGGGACCAAGGAUCCCCGAGGUUUCGUUCUGAUUGUGGACAUGGACGGGAUGGGUGCCUGGCAUAUGUCGCCACGUCUGGUGAAAGCCUUUGCUGCUGUCAGCCGGAUCGAUGAGGCACACUAUCCGGACACGGUUGCGCAUAUUUUCGUGGUGAAUGCGCCCUGGAUCUUUCAGGCACUGUUUGUGCUGAUUCGACCGUUCCUGAACGAAGACACGCUGACAAAGAUUCACUUCAGCUCCGAGGUCCCGGAUGAGCUUUUGUGGCACCUCGGGGCGGACUGUUUGCCUACAGAGCUCGGUGGAUCGCGUGCUGAAGUUUUCCCGUAUGCUUUGGAUGCACUGCCGUCACGGCAUCCUGAGCUCUCGCCGUAG